AAUUUUUUUCUAUCACAUGAUCAAUCACCUGGUAGUUUUGUUUAAUUUUUAUCCUUCCAAAUUUGUUCCAUAACGAUACAGGUGAAGUUCAAGGUACAUGAAGCUAAUUUAGGUUUCGCGUUUGUGACCACUUGCUUGAAACACUCUUUAGUUAAAUCUUCAACUAAUAUGACCUUAAUUAUUUAGCUUACUUGUCAUCAUUUUGUGAUAAUAUUAAAAGGUUUCCUCUCUCUUUAACCACAUCUAUUGACAGCUGAGUCUUCAUUGAUUUUUGUCUCUUAAUCAUCAAUCGCAUUGUCAUUACUGGACAUCUUUCUGGUUUCACUCAUCAAGUCUUUUCCUUUACUCACUCAAUAUGAUUCUCUUACGCCAAAUAGUCUCACCGAAAUGUUACUUCGUUUGUCAAGUUUACUAUGGCAGAAUCAUUCCAUGUCUCAGAAGUUACAGUUCAAUGCAACCUUCAUCAUUAUCAGAUUCUUCAUCCUUUGAUGUUGUUCAUCAAGUGAAAGCUUUACCGCCUAACCUACGAUCAUGUCUAAAAGAAUGCACAGAACCUGUUACUGCUAAAGUCGUCGGACAAAUCCCAACGUGGGUCAAAGGAUAUUUACUACGUAAUGGUCCAGGUCUUCGUAAAAUUGGUCCUGAUGAAUAUCGUCAUUUAUUUGAUGGUCUUGCGCUGAUCCAUCAAUUCACUAUUGAUAAUGGCUAUGUUACCUAUCGUAAUAAAUUUUUACGCUCAGAGGCUUAUAAAAGAAAUAUGAAGGCCAAUCGAAUUGUUGUCUCUGAUUUCGGAACUCGUGCUUAUCCUGACCCAUGUAAAAGUUUACUUGGAAGGUACAUGAGUUACUUUUCAUUUAAACAAUUUACAGACAAUGACUCUGUCAGUAUUUAUCCAGUUGGUGAUGAAUUAUAUGCUUCUACUGAAUCAACUUUUCUUCAUAAAAUUGACCCUAAAACAAUUGAUACAACAGGCAGUAUCGAUUUGGCCCAAUAUGUUGCUGUCAACACUCAAACGGCUCAUCCUCACAUCGAAUCCAAUGGAGUGGUUUACAAUUUAGGCAGCAAUUUUAGUGGAAAGGGAAGUUACAAUGUGAUUAAAGUUGAUCCUAAUGCGUCGAAAGGGUUUACAUCAACUUCGCUUUUAACUAGUAUUCCAGUUCGUAAUCAAAUGUACCCAUCAUAUUAUCAUAGUUUUCUGGUUACGGAGGAUUUUAUCAUCUUCAUUGAGCAGCCUCUAGUCACAUCAAUUCCUUCCAUACUUCUCAAUCAUUUUACUGGUGGUGCUUACAGUGCAGCCUUGAAAUGGCGACCAGAGUUUAAGACUCGUUUCAAUGUGAUAAAAAAAUCUAACGGUGAAAUAAUUGCAGAUAAUUAUGUUAGUGAACCCUUUGCUUUCUUUCACACCAUCAACGCCUACCAAGAGGAUGGUCAUAUUAUUUGUGAUAUUUGCUGUUACCAAGAUGGAUCCAUAGUUAAUGCAUUAUUUUCCGAUAAAUUGGCUCAAAUCAGUAAUCAAGCCGCUGAAAGUAAAGCAGAAUCUGUUAAAGAAUUUCAGUCUCUCAAAUCUCAGGCUCGUCGUUAUGUUUUACCCUUGAAUAUUGAUUCAUCAAAUGAGCUUUUGACAAACCUUAACAGACUGAAAGGCUCGUCAGCAAAAGCUAUACGUAAUGGUAAUGAGAUUGAGGUAACGCACGAACCUUUAACUUCAACUGGUUCAAGUAUGGCUGAAAUGCCUCAGAUUAACUAUCGUCAUUAUAAUGGUAAAAAUUAUCAAUAUUUUUACUCAAUUACAAGGGGAAAAGAUUUUCUAACUCAAUUGUUGAAAUGCAAUGUAAAGACUAAAGAAACUGUGAUUUGGUCUGAUGCAGGAUGUACGCCAUCUGAACCAGUUUUCAUCCCAAAACCAGGAGCAAUCGAUGAAGAUGAUGGUGUUAUUUUAUCUGCCGUUUUGUACGAGAACAUUGAAAAUGAAGGGUUCCUUUUGGCUCUGGACGGAAAAUCAUUUAAAGAAUUGGCAAGGGCUCACUUUAAAACUCCAUCUGCAAUUACCAGUGAUUUUCAUGGUUUAUUCUGUCCUAUUGAAUCUUCAGACCAACUUAACAAAUGAAGUUGCAAAAUCCAUCAAUGAAUUACAUUACAUUACAUACUGUGUUACAUUCAUAUCUAAAGCUAUAACAUGUAUUGUCAAUAUUAUUGGACAUCGAAGUUUUGGCAAUUUUUGUUAAAUUUAUUUUCAAAUACGAUUCACAUUACUGGACUGUAAUCCCGUUGAAUCCUCAGACCAACUUAUCAAGAGUAACAAAUGAGCUUAAAAUUCAUAAAUGAACGUGUAUUACAUUCAUAUCUAAAGCUAUUGUCAAUAUUAUUCAACACUGAAGUUUUGGCAUUUUU